CUUUCAUUUGCUAUCGAUAGCUGUAAAUGUCAGCGCAAGAUUCAAAAAAUAGAAAAUAUAUAACCAUUUUUAUAAAUGUAAUUGCAAAUUCUUUGUAGAAAAAUGAACUCUUGUAUGUUUACUGUGUUGCUAUUUAUUGCACUGCUGGGCGCAUGUGCCUCGUUGCCCAGUGGGAAUCACGUAGAGAAGUCUAAUAGAAACAUUAAAACGCUCAAAUACCAAAGCUCUGUGAAAGAGAUUGUCAAGGACUUGAUAACAAAUUGGAAUUCACCCAUUGUGUAUCUUAGGAAUCGCGGAUACCUGAAAGCUCCACAAAUAGAUUUUGAUAUGUUCCGCGAGGACCUGGGCAAGAAGGCUAAAAGAAUGUCGGGAACUAACGAAAAUGGCAACGAUCUUGGUGAAAUGUUUCGCUCACUCUUCGCCUCAAGCGACAUUGCAGGCAUCUCGGAUAAAAUCAAAUCCAAACUGGGCGUUGGUUGGGACAUGGAUAAACUGAAGACAUCAGUGCGCAACGAAGCAUCCAAGUUCUAUGAACAGUUUUACAAUAAACGCAGUCAACAAGUAUCGAAUGGUCAGCAGGUUGAAGAAAGUGCCGAUAUUGACAGACAAGUGGCUCAGUUAUAUCCUUCAGUUAUUCCCAGUGCAAGCAAUCAACAAACCGAAAAGGAUGAAAAGAAAGAAUCACUUGAGCCAGCCGUUCAUAAGGAAGCCAAGUUUCUUAGCGGCAUUGCCAAGCUUCUGACCAACCGGGAGCUAAUGGGGAAGGUCAAGUCACAGGAGUCCAAAAAACCCCUGACAGCUGAGCAUCCCAAGACACUAUAAUAGAUGUUGUGCAUAUUUUGAGUUUAGUUCUUGUUUGUGUAAAUUGAGUCCUGCAUACAUAUUCAAAUUGAUUAGCGAACUGAUUAAUUAAAACAAGUUUGUAUUUGUUACACAAAUUUGAUGAAUCAUGUGAGUGUGACGUUUGUUUAUUAGUCUAAUUUCAAAUGCAGCACUGACUGCGCGAAUUCAUAUCCAACAGAGAUGUCCAAAUGAAUUUUUGCAUGACUUGGAUGUUGCUAAAGAAAGCAUUACGAAAGUGGAAAUGGUAGGCAAACAAUUACACAGUAUUCUUGCUUACAAACAGCUAAAAGAGCCUUGUCGAAAAGAAGCUUAUUAAAAAGUCACCUGAAACCAUUUAAACAAAAAUUUAACACUCGCUUAAAAUCAAUUGCGACGGACUAUAAAUUACCGAAAUUAAACUGAACUUGUUUACGCUAAAAAAAUAAAAUUUAAAACAAAU